GUCGCCGCCACCGCGCUCGCCUGCGGAACUCCCCGCCACGGGGCGCGGGGGGGAGGAAGGUCAUCUCCUCCUCCUUCUCCUCGGCCCCCACCUGGCAGCCUGGGCCUCCUCCCGCCCCGACCCCCCCCCAGGACCUGCCCUUGUUUCUGGCCCUUCAGAGCCCACCCUCGGCCCAUGAGGGGCUGGGGGGGGUAGAGAGUGUCCUUCCCCCGCCACACACGACAGCCCUGUGAGGUAGGCCCCACUGGGAGGGAGGAAAAGAGACAGCCCCCCAAAGCUGCCCAGGGAGCUCCCCCAAUUGCCCCCCUGGGUUUCUGGCUCUCCCCCUCCAAGCAGCCCAGGGCGGGGAACACUGGCUGGCAGCGGCGCUCGGGGGUCUUUCCCUGCCCUGCCUGGCGAUGCUGCCGCAGGGGGUGGGGGGGGCAUCUGCCUGCCCCAGAGCCAGGGCGUGUGGACGUGGCUGGCCUGAGACACCCCCCCCCCCCGGAGAGGCCUGGCUUGGUCAUGGCACUGUAUGCCCCCCCCGCAGCCCCACUUGUCCUUGAAGGGCAGCCUCCAGGGGGCCGCCCUCCCUCUUCCUCCCUCCCUCCCCUUGAUUUGUCUGCACAGCACCCCAGUGGGGCAGGCUAGGCUGGUCCAGGGAGGCCAGCUCUCCCCGGCUGCCUCUCCUGCCUGCCCUUCCUUGGGUGGGGGGUCAAGGGGGAGUCCUGCUGGGGGCCAGAGCCUUGCUUCCUCCUGUGCGGAGCCCCCUCUACCCCCCCCCUUGGUCCUCAUGGCCCCCACCUCGUGAUGCCACAUCUGGGCUGCGUGGCCGGCAGGGGGGGUCUGCCUCCCCCCUUGCUGGGUGCUGGCGGUAAUUCGGGGGUGGGGGGAUGUGUGUGUGUUUGUGUGUGUACACACGGAGGGAGCCCCUCCACCUGCCCCCAGGGCUUGCUUGGAGGGAGGAGCCCAGGCUUGUGGGGUGAGGUGGGGGGGCCACCUGCGACCCUGACAGGUGAGGCUGCCUGCCGCUGGGGUGGCGUCUCCUGGCCUGGGUGCUGCGGAAGGUGCUUCCUGUGUGUCUGGCAGCCGCUCCUGGCUCCCUGACGCAGCCUUGCCCUCCUCCCCUCAACCCUAUCUAUCAGCACACCCCUCUCUCUUGGGCCUAUGUUCAGCUUUUUGCUGGAAGUGUAGCAAUGUUUGUGUUCUAGCUUCUCACCCGUAUCUCUUUGGCCUAUGUUCGGCUUUCUGCCGGAAGUGUAGCAAUGUUUGUGUUCUAGCUUCUCACCCGUAUCUCUUUGGCCUAUGUUCGGCUUUUUGCCGGAAGUAUAUUGAUGUUUGUGUUCUAGCUGCACACCCUUCUCUCUCUGGCCUAUAUAGAGAUAGGGGUGUGCAGCUAGAACACACACAUUGCUACCCUUCCUGCAAAAAGCCGACCUUGGGCCAAAGCGAUAAGGGUGUCAAGGCUGAGGAGCCCCUUGCUCGGGCCUGCUGCCUGUGCGACAAGAUCUUUUUCUAGGACAAGAUUUUUUUUAUUGAAGCAACAAACCACCAAAGCACACAGCACGUUGCCAAAGCACAAUUAGGUACAAAGCGGCUGCUGCCUGUGGGGUCGGUGAAGCCUCCACGCGCAGGCAGCAAACCUGCCUCUGCGCGGGAGACGCGGGGCGCAUGCUGGACUUCCGGGCGCAGCCAGCAGGGGGCGGCUUAGGCCCCGCCCAGCAGGGGAGGGAGGCGGAAGGCCGCUCCUUCCGGCGAGGGGGGGAGUGCUUCCGGGGCAGCCGCGGCCGCCAACGGGGAGGAGCCCGCGACGUGUGAUCGAGCGAGUGAGGCUGCCCGGGUGGCUCCGGCUCCUCCUGGGCCGCCGCCGCGAUGUGGUUCUUCUCCCGGGACCCGACCCGCGACUUCCCCUUCGAGGCCGAGACCGAGGCGGCCUCUUCCCCCGCCGGCCCCUGGCAGCUGCACCGCGGCAGGAGGAAGGCCACGGGGGAGCCGGUGUCCCUCUUCACGUGUGAGGCCAAGGCCCCGGCGGAGGAGCAGGCGCUGGCCAAGGCCGCCUUCAAGCACCUGAAGACCCUCCGCCACCCCAACAUCUUGUGCUACAUCGAUGGGCUGGAGACGGAGAAAUGUUUGCAUGUGGUGACGGAGCCGGUCGUGCCUCUGUGGACCUACCUGGAAUCCAGGAGCAACGGGAGAGGACUGAGCGAGCCAGAGAUCUCGUGGGGUCUUCAUCAGAUUGUGAAGGCCCUCAGCUUCCUGGUGAAUGACUGCCACCUCGUCCACAACAACGUGUGCCUGGCGGCCGUGUUUGUCGACCGCGCCGGCGAGUGGAAGCUGGGUGGGCUGGAGCACAUGUGUCCUGCGCAGGGGGACGGCGCCCCCGUGCCGCGGAAGGGGCUCCCCGAGCUGGAGAAAUAUGACCCGCCAGAGUCAGCGGCCAGCAGCAGAACCGUCGGCGAGAAAUGGUCAGCGGACAUGUGGCGUCUGGGCUGCCUCACCUGGGAGGUCUUCAACGGCCCCCUGCCCCACUCCUCCGGCUCCUCCCUCCGUUCUCUUGGCAAGAUCCCCAAGUCCUUGGUCCCCCACUACUGCGAGCUGGUGGGCGCCAACCCCAAGCUGCGGCCCAAUCCUGCCAAGUUCCUGCAGAACUGCCGGGGGCCGGGGAGCUUCAUGGACAACAGCUUUGUCGAGACCAACCUCUUCCUGGAGGAGAUCCAGAUCAAGGAGCCUGCCGAGCGGCAGAAGUUCUUCCAGGAGCUCAGCACCAGCCUGGAUGCCUUCCCAGAGGACUUCUGCCGACACAAGGUCCUCCCCCAGCUGCUGACCGCGUUUGAGUUUGGCAGUGCUGGCGCCGUCAUCCUCGCCCCGCUCUUCAAGGCAAGGCGCCCUGGGACCCCCCGGGGGGUGGGGGUGGUGCUGUGCCCCCUCCCACGGCCGGGGCUGGGUCUGGCCUCCUGUGGCAGGCCAGGGAUGACGCCAGCAAGGGGGCCCCAGGAGUCCUCCUUUGCUGCUCAGUGGGGGUGUGUGUGUGUUUCUGGGCUCCAUCCUGCUGCCCCCCCGCCCCCAUGGGAUAGCUCAGUGCAGUUCUCCUUGCCUCCUCCCCUGCCUCCCGCCCAGUGGGGGGCACACAGCCAUGAAACCCUCUGCGGGUGGGGCUGGACGGCAGCCUCCCUCCCUCCCAGCCCCCAGUUCCUGCAUGGCCUUCCCUUGGUUUUUGCGGCAUGUCUCCUCUCCUUGCUCCUCUUUGCUCUGACGCUCCAGGUGGGGAAGUUCCUGGACGCCCAGGAAUACCAGCAGAAGAUCAUCCCCGUCAUCGUGAAGAUGUUCUCCUCCCCAGACCGGGCCAUGAGGAUCCGGCUGCUCCAGCAGAUGGAGCACUUCAUCCAGUACCUGAACGAGCCCACGGUCAACACCCAGAUCUUCCCCCACGUGGUGCACGGUUUCCUGGACACGAACCCCGCCAUCCGUGAGCAGACGGUGAAGUCCAUGCUGCUUCUGGCCCCCAAGCUGAACGAGCACAACCUCAACCUGGAGCUCAUGAAGCACUUUGCCCGCCUGCAGGCCCGGGACGAGCAGGGCCCCAUCCGCUGCAACACCACCGUCUGCCUGGGCAAGAUCGGGCCCUACCUCAGCGCCAGUACGAGGCAGAGUGUACUGAUCUCCGCCUUCAGCCGCGCCACCAAGGACCCCUUUGGCCCCUCGCGGGCGGCUGGCGUCCUGGGCUUUGCAGCCACCCACAACUUCUACUCGAUGAGGGACUGCGCCUUCAGGAUCCUGCCGGCGCUCUGCACGCUGACCCUGGACUCCGAGAAGACGGUCCGGGAGCAGGCAUUCAAGGCCAUCCGGAGCUUCAUGGCCAAACUGGAAACCGUCUCGGAAGACCCGUCUCAACUCUCUGAGCUUGAGAAGGACGUCCAGGCUGCCUCCACCAGCCCCGGUGGGGCUGCCGGCUGGGCCGGCUGGGCCGUGACGGGGGUCUCCUCCCUCACCUCCAAGCUGAUCCGGACCAACGCUGGGGCGGCGGCACCACCAUCGGCUGAUCCCGGGCCGGGAGGGCUCCCCGCCAGCUCCAUGCCGAAGCCACCCCGGCCAGCCGGGCAGCCCCCACCCCCGGAGGCAGCGGCAGCAGCAGCAGCAGCAGCAGCAGCUCCCGUCUCCGCCAGCCAGUGGGAGCUGCAGGACGACGUGGCAGCCGAGGAGGAGGAGGUCGUGGUGGACCGAUGGGACGAGGAGGACUGGGGGAGCCUGGAGCAGGAGGCUGAGCAGCCCGAGCAGCAGGCCAGCCCGGACGACUGGAACAGUCCAGGCUGGUUGGAGGCAGCCGCGGAGGCCAAGCCGCCUGGAGGCAGGACGGCAAGCAGCUCCUCCACGAUGCAGGAGUCGGACUGGAGUGUCUCUGCCUGGGACCGGGAGUCCUCCAGGAGCCACAAGAAGGGGCCCAGUGCCGCUGUGGGGGACGCCGGGGCCAGCAGCCAAGAGGGUCUGCCGAAGAAGGCUGCCCCCGAAGGGACCAAGCUGGCCAGCGAGUACAACUGGGAGAGCCCCGGCACUCUCCGCAAGAAGCCGGACCCCUUUUCUCUGCUCCUUGAGAAGCCGCCGGCAGCAGCAGCAGAGAGCCAGAGAGACGCCGCCGCCGCCGCCGAGGCGCUUGGAGACUGGGGCUUGGAGGAGCCCUGGGAGGCCCUGGAGUCCUCCGGCCAAGGACCCAGCAAGGCCGAGCUGGCCCGGAAGAAGCGGGAAGAGAGGCGGCAGGAGAUGGAGGCCAGGCGAGCCGAGCGGAAGGCGGUGCCCAGGGGCCCCAUGAAGCUGGGAGCCAGGAAACUGGACUGACCCCUCCGCUGGGGGGAGCAGGGCGGAGAGGAGGGGCCGCGGGGACUCUGCGCGGACUGCCCGGAACUCGCUUCCCGCAGCUGCCAGCAGCGCCUGCCUGCCUGCCUGCCUGCCUGCCUGUGGGGAGUGAGCGCUGCCAGCCGGGGCCAGGCUGUGCCCCCCAGGGAGGGGCUCCAGGAGGCCGGCCGGCCCCUCCCUCCCUCCUCUGGUGCAGGAAGUCCAAAGGGAGCCUCCUUGCUUCGAAGGCAAGUUGUGCUGCAUCGCUCUGUGGCUGUCAGUGAGCGGCCGGGGGGGGGUGGUGGUGGUGUAACUCUGGCUUGUUUUUAUUGGUCGAUUCUGCAGAUGGCAGAAAUAAAUCAAACCGUAACAGGAGCAGGGUCCAGGCAUGAACCAAACCUUCCCGCUCCAUCCCUGGUCUGGGCCUUGGUUGCCUUUGACGGAGAGGGUGAGAUGCUGCAGGUGGGGGGGGGGAUGAACAGCUGGCUUUCCCCCUUUCGGACUGGGGCAGGGGGGGCUGUUCUUUCCACACCCUUCCGGUUUCCAGCUUCAGAGCAGGCCAGCCUCUCUUCCUACCAGCAGUACUUUUAGGAGACCACCAAACACAGCCCAAUCUGCUUUUGGACCUCUUCUCCGUUACUUUCUCCCCAAGAAAGAAGACAAGGCCACCUGUACCGCUGUACUUUCCAUGGGGAGAGCGUGCGUGCACGUUUAGCUGGCCCGAAGAAGGGCGCUGUUACCCCUUGUGCAAGGUGCAUCUUGUGGGCUGACUUCUCCAGCCAUGUGCCCUGAGAGAGAAGCAGCAGCUCACAAAUUGGGAGGGGAGCAGGGCCGAUGCCCUCCCUUGCCAGAGCCCUGAUCCGUGGAAGGGAACCCAACACAGCUGCUGUUUCCAAAAUUAAAAAAUCGGGUGUGCUGAUCCUCCAGUCAUGUUUCACGGAAGAUGUAGUUUGAUUCUUGCUCUGGCCUUCUGAGCAGGUCCUGUGCCCACAGGCAGAGUGGAAGCCCUCCUGAUCUCCCCACAUCCCCACCCCCACCCCCCGGGCACUGCUUCAGCUCUGGCCCUGCUGCAGAAAGAGAAGCAGAGCUUGUGCCUGGUUUUCACAAGAGGCCACCAACUGUGGACUGGGGGACUCUGCAGAGGGAUUUGCUCAGGUCACCAACUGCCCUGAAGGUCCCUUCCUGGGGGUGGGGGGGAGAUAUCUCACCGUGUCUUCCCUAUCCAGUGUGGGGGCUCCCACCCCUCCCUUCUUUCCCAGUAGAGUCACUGUUUGCCCCCAUUUCUUGAGCUUCUGGGAGCCAAAGAAAGAGCCUUUGCAAGGGGGAAACCCCCACCCCUCUGAUGCAGGAGAAAGCGACAUUGGUUCUAAAUAUGCAGGUGAGGCACAGAAGGAAGCUAGGCAGCUGGCGAUCUAGGCUUUCUCUAUGGUGCAGUCAUGUGCUCUCUAGGUUGUUUUAUUUAGCCACUCUAGGCAGUGCCAUGUCCAUGGUUUUGUUCUGUCUAGGCAGAUAAAAAUCUAUGGUGUUAGUUGUAUCCACAACUCUGUGGCAGUAUUGCCCUCCCUCUAUACUCUUGCUUGGUCUAUGGUGUUCCUCCCCAUAGGCAGGCACCAUGGUCCGUGUGCUGUAAUCCCACAUAAUGAGAGCUCCUCACCUGCUAAUAAAGGAUCACAGGCCCUGUCAGGAGCACUAAAUGUUUAUCGUGUUAAUAGCCAAACUUCUGAUAGCUGAAGGUGUUCCCAAGAAGUUCUGCUGGGUUCACAGACAAUGACUUGCAAACUUGGGGGCUACACAAGUCUCUUCACUAACUCUGAAGUUCUGAACACCCAGGCUGUGCUGUUGGGACAAGGGAAUCCUUCAAAGAAUGCUCUGCAAGAUGCUGCUCCAAUAUAAUACUGCACUAUAUUACUUAAAUAAUGUGAUACAGGAUUCCAGUAUUUAAAUGAGAAGUUAAAAUGUCUUUAUAUAUUUUAUCUCAAUAAAACCAGGGAGCAAUUUAGCAUGGUGCCAUGCAAGUUUAAGGGGUAAGAGCUUCUGAUGUUUCUCUGCUUGCCAGCAUUCAAAAUGUCCUUGCACAAGAUCAAGUUUCUGACAGAUUGGUGUUCAGGGUAAGGGCAUUGGCUUCAACUGGAGAGACUGAGCAUGCUCCAGGCGUUUCACAGAACUUCACAGAUCAUGUCCUUUGGAUGCACUAGUGUACGUGUAGUCAUUCUUUUUUAGGUUUCUCGGUUACCUUGAUGUAAAUAAUACAUACAACAACAUCUGAUGCUUUUUUUGAUAACUUGGAUUGCCUUGCUUUAAUAUUUUAAGAAGGAAUUAAAAGGUGGGGAUAGGGGUGGUUGGCAGAAAACAGAACGGAGCUUCAUUUGACCCUACUGAGCAUGCUCACACGCACCGGAAACCAGGCGUCGUGAAUGACAAAAGCCGCUCUACACGCUUCCUUUUCGUCACUUCCGCCAAGAACCAGCAGGUGAGCGUCUGUGCUGGCGGUUGAAACGCGUUUGUUUCCGGGGCGGUGCUCCUGGCUCCCUGGGCCGCAGGUAACCAUAGCGACCGAAAGUGUCCUGGCCUACGCCGCGCUCUGCCGCCCCUUGCCCAGCCGCCCUCCUGUCCCCCGGCCUUCCUCCGUCUCCAGGGGUCCGGGCCCGCCGCUGUUCGCGCUCCGCGGGGCGGGCAGUUCUGCGACUACCACCGCGUGCUCUUAGCGGCUCUCCGGGGAUGAAGUGGUGCAGGGCGGGCCACUGGGCGUGCGCAGCAGCCGGUGCAGACAUGCGCAGAGCCGCAAAACCUUCGCGGGGGGAUUCUGGCGGGCUUUCUGCGCUCCCACGCCCUCCCCCACGCGCGCCCCGGGGAGCCGAGCCCACCUCUCUGAUUGGUUGGCGGGUGGCAGGCGCAUCGCUGAUUGGCGAGCAGCUGGACAGCUGACCCUCCCGCAGCUGAAGCUCGCGACGCGGCCUCGAGCGCGCCCCGUUUGACGAAGCAGUUGAGAGAGCGGAGGGGGCGGCGGCGGCGGCAGGAGGGCUGAGGGGGAGAGGCGAGGCUCUCCGCAGGGAACGAGGGGGCCGCACGCCCCACACUGCCCCCACUCGGCUGCUGAGGGCCUCCAAGGGGCAGCCGCCGCCGCUCUCCUUCCAUCCCGCGGAGAAAUGCUCUGAGGGAAGGCUGGACUCCAUGCCCGGCAGCGGCUUUCACCUCAGCAUUUUAGUGAGAAUAAUCAAUCAAUAGUCACGGAGGAAAAGCUGCCUCCAGGCUUGCUUCUGACCCUCUGGGGGAAGGGCUCUGUGCCCAGCCUUGGCUUUGACCUCACCAAAAUAAGGAUAAUAAAUCUCUGUUGCUUCAGAAAAAGGAGGCGGAAACCACUCAAGCCGUGCUACUCAGCCAGGCUCGGGCUUUUUAAAAGAAUGCUUUGUGGGAGAGUGGUGGGAACACGGUCUUGAAGACCCCUGCCAAAAGCCAGUCUCUGAGGGGAAGUGAAGUUUCUGAGUGGGGAGUUCAUCGCUCUGCUUUGGCUUCAUCUUGCCAAAAGAACUCAAACCCCUUCGGUGGAUGCUGCAGCCGUGCUGACGUGUGCAAAAGCCCGGCCACCUCACUGCCCACACUUGUAGCAUUUGUCUGCCGCGGGCAACACGCGACAGAUUCUCCCCGUCCUCAGAACACUGGGGCGCCACAGUCUUCUGCAUCACGGUGAAAACCUGUCCACUCUUAGCGCGUUCUUGCUCUGUGCAGACAAAUGCUAGAACUAUGGACCGCGUAGGGCAGGACUUCUGAGCGCAACGGCACAGGGGCUGUAGCAGGAAAUUCCCUGAGGCCAGGGGCUGCUGUGCAACUACAGACUGGCCCUUUUAGUCUGAGAAAACUGGGUGCGACCUGAGGCUCCUUUAUGCUCCCGACAGCUGUGUAUGGCAGCAUAAUUCCUAAGAGAGUGGCUGGCUUGAAUGGAACACCCUCCCUGCGCAUUAAAAGGCUUAGGCUUCUAGAUACUCAGAACACUUUUCUGAGGCAGCAUAAGCUCUAAUUUUCAGGCAGGCUUGUAUGGAACAUGCUUCAGGCUUCUUAAUUCUCUCAAGAGAAGAGAGGGUUCUCUUUAUAUUCUCUCAAGUUCUUUUUAAUGAGUUAUAGCUUUUCAUAUUUGUGAAUGGCAUAGAGCUAUCUGGAUGAGGGGGUGAAUAAAUAAAACAGCUGUGGGAGUCAGCAUAAUCUCUAAAAUGGGGGCUGGCUUGUAUGUAUGAUAGAAGCACCAGGAUGAUUUAUAACUGCCAACUUUAUAGGGAAGGAUAAUCUCAAAUUUAGCACCUAUCUUUAACUGAACAUUUUUCAUGUGUUCUAUCCCCACAAUAUCGCUUGGAGAACAAUUUAGCAAAAAGAAACGGAGUUGGUGCAUGUGUCCCUACGACCCACGGACCGGAGUGGUGCUCUUGGAGCAUUUUUUCCUCCCCAGGGACCAACGUGGCAGAUUUCAAGAAACAACUGACAGGCGACAUCACAGAAGCCAAGAAGACGUGAAAGGGGCCAAAGACACAGACACACAGGGCGAGCCAAACCAAACCACAACCCAGGGGCUGCGUACAAGCUUCAGGCUUCUCUCUUGUCCCAAACAUCAUCAUCAUCACACACUUUAUUUGUGAGCCACCCCAUAACAAAUCGUCCUCUGGGCGGCUCACAACACAACAUUGAAAAACGUCCAAUAAGAGCACAUACAAAACGACAAACACAUCACAACACAAAACAGCAGCAAAUAUGCAACCGGCAGCGACACAGAAGCCACAAAGGAAUUAAAAGAGCCGACAAGGAUGCACAAGAUAGCCAAAGCAAGGGUUGUGUUCCUCACCGCCCUGAAUGCUCUGUCAAUCCACAGGCCAUCAGUAGAAACUUCAGGCUGCUUUGUUCUCUCACCACCUGUGGAAGGCAGCAUGAUCUCUCAUUCUGUGGCUGCCUGGAAUGAAACACGCUUCAUGUAUGUUACAAGCUUCAGGCAUCUUCAUUCUCCCAACAGCCUUGUCAAGCUGGAUAUCCUCUAAGAUGGAGACUGCCUUUAACAGGACACACUUCAUGUGUGCUGCAUGCUCAGCAGCCCUUUGUGCCAUGUUUGGAAAGAAGAAACAGAGUUGGCACACAUUUGCAAUGACCUCCAUGCCGGAGUGGUGAUUUUGGAAUGUGUUCUCCUCCCAAGAGGCCUGUGUGGGAGGCAGGAUCAAAGACAGGGACUGGACCCAAGGUAAAGGGAUCCCACCCCUGUCAAAAAUAGAACUCCCAGGGUGGUGUAAGAGACAAUUGAACAGGAACUAGACUAAUGCCUGCUAUGAUGAGGCUCUUCAGCAGAGCACUGAAGAAUCUAUACCAAAUAAGUAUUGUUAUGGCUGACAAGCAGACUAGGUUUCUCAGUAGUUAUCCCUCAAUGGUUACUCUAAAGGAGGACUCAAUUUCAAUAGGGGUCGCAUUGGGUAAUUUGGCCAGGAUGUCAGCCAGUAUUCAUUAUGCAUUGAUUUUUGCAAGAUGAGAUGAAACAGCUGUGAAACUAGUUACCAAGAAAUCAAAGAUUUCAUCCUUAGUGAACUUCUCAUAUUCUAACAGAAGAAUGUGGUAUUGCUCACACUUUAAAAUCAAUGACAUGCCUUUUUCUCUUCCAGUGGGUUUCAAGAAAGAGCAUAAGGAAUGAGGAGGACACAGAAGACAAGACAAGCUGACCUGAUCAAUCUUGUGACGAGGAGGCGCAAUGUCCGAGAAUUGAAGAACUAUUCAACAUAGUUAUUCAGUUUUGUUCAUUAUAGUUCUUCAAUUUUAUUCAAAAUAUAAAUAUGUGUAAAUAUUGAGCAUACAUAUUUCUUUCACACUGAUCAUCACAAAAGAAUGUAAAAGUGAAACUGUGAAAAGUAUAUUCACCAAGUCUUGCUCACACUUCAAAUAAAUGACUUGACUUGUUCUUUCCCAGCAGAUUUCAGGAAAGAGCCUAAGGAGCAAGGACAGUUACAAAGACAAGCUGUUUCAAUCUCUUUCGUGAUGAGGCUUCAUCAGAGAACUGAAGAACAUAUACAAAAUAUAAAGAUGUAUACAAAUACUGAGCAUACUUAUUUAUUACAUACCGAUUGUCACAGGAGAAUAUAAAAAUGAAACUCUGAAAAUGUAUUACUCAGGAAAUCUAAGGUGUCAUCCUUCAUAAAUGUCUCAUACUCUAACAUCACGUGGAUUUGCUCACACUUCAAAUAAAUUAUGUAACUUGUUCUUUCCCAAAAGAUUUCAAAAACAGACCAGUGGAGGCGACAAGAGACAAGCCAUGCCAAGCAAAACUGCAUUACCCUUUUAGGUCUUGUUUUCAGAAGAUUAGUCUCAAAACCAGUGGCUGGCUGCUGCAAAUAGAGGCUUCAAGCGUGAGCUGAUUUUAUCCUUGGCCCUGUGAGGUAAGUUAGCCUGGAAUAAUAUGUGCUGGCUUCAAGGGUUCAUGCCUAAAAAAUAAGAAUACGUUUGUUUAAAUUGUUUGUAUCCUGCCUAUUCAAGAGCCUUAAACAACCAUCUCUUCAGCCUGGAUUUUAAUGAUAUCUUGUUUUAAUCUUAAUUAGAUUUAAUCUGGUUUAAAUGUUUCUUGAUUUUAAUUGUUUUAUUCUGUGUUUUUUAUUUUAUUUUAAUGUAAACCAGCCUGAGCCAAUGAAUGAAUGAAUGAAAUAAUAAAUAUUCAACAAAAUGCUAUUCAGGGCCUCUUACCCUCUCUUAAAUUAAAACAACACCCCCCCCCCAACUAAAUGCAAAACAACAACAAAACCCACUAUUAAAUGCAAGCCCCCACACUACUAAAUUAAAAAAAAAACACUACUAAAUGCAACAACCCCCCCAAAGCCCACUACUAAAUGGGGAAAAAAGCCACCACUAAAUGCACACACUCCACUAAUAAAUGCAAAAAAGAUUCACUACUAAAUGCAAUAAAACAGAAGAUAAAAUAGACAAGAAAAAAGAGCAUUCACAACUAAAAACUGAGUAUUCUAAACAGGAGUAAAAAAAAUAACCACCAUUGGCUCUGUUCACCAGCCAUUCUCAUUGAGCUCUGUUGGUACAUUACUCGUCAGGUUUUUUCACCCAUCAGGCAUCCUUUUUCACUUGUCACAGAUGGGUAGACUAGUGGAUUUUCUGAGCCCUGAUUCUAAACCUGGAUUGGAGAAAAAUGGAAUUUUUCUUGGUGCAGAUCUCCUGACCUAGCUGCUUUGCCAGGUUGACUUGUAUACAGUGCCAUGUGGAUUGUGGAUAAAUCCCUACAAAGGAGGAUAUUGCAAGAAAUCGGAAAUGUAUAAAAGUGGCUACUGUCAGAGGGGUAUAGAUUAACCUAUGUCUAGAUAUGCUUUUGAUUUUCUUUCCCUCUAGCAAUCAAUCAAUGUAUUGCAAUCCAUAGACCAGAAAAUUUACCCCUAGCAGACUGAUUUACAUUGACGGCCAUGUGGAUUGUGGGUAAAUCCCUAAGGAGGUUAUUUGAAGAAAUCCAAAGUGUAUAAAAGUGACUAAUAUCAAAGAGGUAUGUAUCAACUCCUAUUUAGAUGUUUUUACUCCCUUAUUAGGAUGUUAGAUAUACAGUUAAGGUGACUCUAUUUAUUUAAAAGUCUUCUGGUUUUCCUCUCAAAAGAGACUUGUGCAGACAGGUUGAAAGUUGCUCUUACAAUAAGUGAUGUAGGGACAUAGGAGCUGAAGUCCUAUGGUCAGGGUGAAGUGCUGGUAACCUCUCCCCUGUAGCCUCCAAAGAAAGAGGAGAACUUUCUGCAACUGGAAGAAAAAAGAUGAAGUCUGAAGAAAAGAUUCACUGUGGAAGGAGCGGUCUGCUUGCCAUGGACUGUGAUGCUUUCUUGCUCCACGUUAUUGAUAGCCAGUUUAAUUUAUUCUUACCUUCAAAUUGUUGUUCUGUAUGUGAGCAUUCUGUGCAUUCAGUAUUUCUGUAAAGCCUUUGUGUAGAACCCGGGUUCUUCCUUUUGGAAUGUAUUUUAAAUGUAUGGAGAAUUUUUGUUGUAGCUGCUACACUUCUGAUCAGACCUACAAUGUUGAAGAGCAAUCCUGACAAGAUGCAAAACAAGGGAGCCUUCUUCCUUAGAAACCUGUGGUAAAUCCACGGGGGCUGCUCCAAGGACAGCAACAUCUGACAUUUUGUUUGACAGAGAAUCCCACAAGUGGAUGAUGCGUUGUGUGAAAAAGUGUGUGUCUGUUGGUUCUAGAUUUCCUGCCAAUCAAUUGCAUGGGAUGACCCCUGGUUCUAGUGUGAUGUGAGAGGGAGAAGAAUUUCUCUCCAUCCACUUUCUCCACCCUAUGCCUGAUUUUAUAAUCACCUUAUGUCUUCCCUUGGGGGCCAGAGAACCAACCAAGCCCUCUUCAGUGCAGCACCCUCCCCCUGCCCUCGCCUUUCCCACCCCGAGGAGCAUCUCUGUGGGUUCCUUCCAAGCACUCCACCCUCCCCCUCUUGACUGGGGCCUCACAGACCAAGGGCAGGUGUGGGGUUCUUCUGGUGGGCCUUUCCACUCUGGCACAUCCAAGACCAACAUGUCAGCCUUAGGAAGCACCUGUGAGAUAACAGCUUCUGUUUUCUCCCAGUGCGAGAACUUCUGGCUGUCCUGGGGUGCAGCACUUGCUGUGAAGGUGGGAGAGGAAAGAAGGAAACCCUUCCAGCACCAGGGCAAGGUGGAAUUAAAUGGCUCUCCUUAACUUAAGCUGCCUCCAUUGAGGUGGGAGACCAUUUGAGAGGCCUCAUCCUUGCCCCCCCCUUGCCCUUUUUAUCUUGAACAGCCUGGUGAGGCAGGCUCAGCUGAGAGAGAGAGCGGGGAGCCCAGAGCCAGCUGUGUGACUUCGUGGGGAUUUGAAGCGGGGUGUGUCUUUGUCUCUAACCAUUGCCCCACCCUGUGCUGCCAGCAUAAGACUCAGCACGCAAAGAGAGCCAGCAGGGGGAGGCAGCCUCCAGCAUCCCGAUGUUCCUGAACUACAACUCCCAGCAUUCCCAGACACAAGGCAUGAUGGCUGCGGAUCCUGGGAAUUGCAGAGCAGCCAUAUCCGGAGUCCUGCUUGUCCUGAAAUGGCCAACUGUCCAAAAAGGCAGAAUAAGACGGAGGGUGUGAUUCCCGGCAGCAGGGAACACAGAGCUAGGGAAGGAUGGGAAAGGGAACGGUGCAGGAAAGAGCCAGAGGAAGCUGCCUUGUGCUGCUGAGUCAGGACCUUGGGCCAUCUGGCUCAGGACUGUCUGCACUGAUUGGCAGCAGCUCUCCAAGGUUUCAGGCAGGACUCACUCCCAGCCCCAAGUUACCCGGAGAGGCUGCCAGGCACUGAAGCCUGGAGAGGAGAGCUGGUCUGGUGGUAGCAAGCAUGCCUUGUCCCCAUAGCUAAGCAGGGUCUGCCCUGGUUGCAUUGGAAUGGGAGACUAGAAGUAUGAAUGCUGUAAGAUAGUCCCCUCAGGGGAUGUAGCCGCUCUGGGAAGAGCAGAAGAAGGUCCCAAGUUCCCUCUCUGGCUUCUCCAAGAGAGGGCUGAGAGAGAUUCCUGCCUGCAACCUUGGAGAAGCCGCUGCCAGUCUGUGAAGACAAUACUGAGCUAGAUGGACCAAUGGUCUGACUCAGUAUAUGGCAGUUUCCUAUGUUCCUAUGCUUGUAACAGGAAGGGGCAGAUUACCAUGAUUUCUUAGUCUGGCAGGGGCUGGUUUUGGGCCUGGCACAACUUGGCAGGGGGCUCUCUCUCUCCCUCUGCCCCCAGGCAGUCUGCCAUUCAAAUGCAAAGCAGAGCCGGCAGGGGAAAGAGACAGGAGGAGAGCAGCUGAGUAGGGGUGUGGGGGGCUUCACCCAAGGAAAGCCCUUCGAGAAACCUGCAUGGCUGCCGCUGCAUUUGCAUGCAAAGCGUGGGAAGCAGGCUGCACGUGCAGCUCAGGGUCCAGGCAGGGUUGAUGUCCGGAUCACGGGCUGGACCCGCUCCGUCUGGCGCCUGCAAAGCAGAAAGGCUGCCUGCUGCGCAUGCCCAGCAGCCAGAGUCCACCACGAGACUCCUGCUGCGGCUCAGAGGCAAGACCUUGACAGACCCCUCUGGGAACGGGUCCUGUUUCCUCCCAAGCUGCAUGGAUUGGGGGGGGGGGGACAUCUCAGGGGCCCUUUGCAGUUUUUCCAGGCUCGGGGCUGCACUUCAGCCGUGCAAAGUCUCUUAGCCCCAAGAUUGGGAACUGGGUUUAGCCAGACGAGGAGAAGAGACAGGGUGGAGUGAAGAUUUGGGAAGGGCUGGAGAAGGAGCCAGCCUGCCAUAAAAAGGGAGUUGUAUUCGCUGCAGAAGCCUGCUGGCCAGGCAGCUAAUGGCUCCUGGCUGGCUGAGGGAUACAGGUGCACACGCACGCAUGCACCACUGCAAGAGACUCAGGGGAUGGGGCCGCUCUGGGAGGAGCCCCCGCCUGCCUGCCUGCCUGCCGAAGUUCCCAGGGUCCCUCCCUGGCAGCAGCAUCUCCAAGACAGGGCUGGGAGAGACUCCUGCCUGCAGGGCAGCCUUGGAGAAGCCGCUGCUGCCAGUCUGGGUAGACAGCACUGACUCGGUCGUCUACGGCAGCUGCCUCUGCUCUCAAAGAUCCCUCCCCUGCACUCGCGAGCUGCCUUCACGAUGAGUCACUGGGAGGGUCUCCUGGGGGGUCCAUCCAGGCCAGUCCCAGAGGACUGGCAGCAGCCCAAGCUCCUUGCCCCCCAGGCCCUGAGACUGUGGCAUGCUGCUGCCAGCUGAGUAGACAAUACGCAGCGAAAGGGACCAAGGGCCUGACUCGGCAAAAGGAACGUGCCUGCCAUUGCUCGACUUUAAAAAAAGAACCCCAACAGAAAAGCCUCAGCAUAAUGUGCCACCCUUUAUAGAAUGACUGGAGCAGAGUGCAGAGCACGAUACAGAGAAGGAGAGACCAUUUUUCUUUAAAUCACACGCUCUCCCUUUGCACCCGCCCCCCACUUGGUGCCUUCAUUCCUGGGGGCUCCCUUCUGCAGUGGGGUGGGGGGAGUUCAGGAGCUGCCAGGCUAUUCAAACCGGCAUGGAGACUUCAGGGUGGGCUACUGGGCAUGCAGCCAGACUGAAAAUCUGAAAGAUAGCCAAAACAAGCCAAAUUAAGCAAUAAUAAUAAUAAUAAAAUGCCAGAAUGGGGGUGAGCUCCUCUGUUCUCCUCUUAGUUCAACUUUGAGCACGGGAGGAAAAAAAGAGGGAGAGGCCUGAGACACUUGGAGUUUCUCUCUCUCUCUCUCUCUGUGUCACAUCGAUGACAAGGUGAUGACAUCAGGGAGGCACUCUGGGACACGAUGCACGUGGUCACUUGCCCUGUGGCCACGGGGGGGGGGGUUAUGCACACACCCCACCACGACAAAAGCCCCCAAUGCGGUUUACAUUAAGAAAUUAUAAAUAAAUAAGGUGGUUUCCUGUCUCUAUAGGGCUCACAAUCUAAACACAACAACAACAGCAACAAAUAUUUAUAUAUUGCUUUUCAACAAAAGUUUCCAAAGCUUUAAGAGGGGUUUGGAUAACUUUAUGGAGGAGAGGUUUAUUAUCACUGGCUACUAGUCAGAGGGCUACUGAGUAGGUAGGAUGCCUCUUGAGUACCAGUUGCGGGGGAGUAAUGGCAGGAGAGAGGGCCGGCCCCGUUCAACUCCUGCCUGUGGCUUCUCGGAGGCAUCUGGUGGGCCACUGUGGGAAACAGGAUGCUGGGCUAGAUGGGCCUCCUUGGGCCUGAUCCAGCAGGGCUGUGCUUAUGUUCUAAAGCAAUUUACAUAGAGAAAUAAUAAAUAAGAUGGAUCCCUGUCCUCAAAGUGUUUACAAUUAAAAAAAACAACCCCCAUAAGGGAGACACCAGCAACAGCCCCUGGAGGGAUGCUGUGCUGGGGAUGGAGAAGGCCAGCUGCUCUCCCCCUGCUUAAUCAAGAGAAUCACCAACUUAAAAAGGUGCCUCUUUGAUCAGUUAGCAGGGGAACUAACCGAGGGCGCCAGUCUUUGCUGAUGGAUGAGCCCAGUGCAUCAAAGAGCAGCCUAGAAUCGGGUGCCUGGGAGGAGCCGAAUGGGGUGCUGCUAGGCCAGGAGUAGCUGCAGCUCUUGUACACACUCCCCAUCUGCCUUCUUACAGGCAGAGGCCCGGUGAGGGUUAGCCUCGACUUCCUGCUUCAGUACAAGCCUCUGUUCUCCCCAACGGCCCAGAGAUCCUCCUCCACGGCCAGGCAGCGCUGGAGCGGCUGGCCCAGGACACAGAGAUGGAGUCCUUUUGGGAAGAGGGAGGCACUUCCAGAUACCUCUGGAGAAAGCUUUCCUUUCCUAGUAGCUGUGAUGUGGCCUUGUGAGGAGGAAUGUCACUGUGAACCACACACUUCAAGGAAGGGCUUUUUGAACCAGGAUGCAGCCUGCAGCUACGCUUAGGAAUAUGGCAGCUAGCAAAAGUGGUGCUUCUGUGCUGCUGACACACAAGAGAAAAACCUUCUUUCCAUCCUGGGCCUUUUGCCCAAGAAAUCUCAAGAACCUAGAACUUAUGUGCAAAGCAUUUCUAAAUGGAAGAAGUGAAAACCCCACCAGCUCUUUACUCACUAAAUACUUUUUGUUGCCUCUGUGUAUCUCUUGUUGGACUCCCCUUGAAGCUAAAGAUGUGAAGUGCCAUUUGUACCCUGGGUCUCUCACCAAACAACUCUCAAGCCUGCAAAGUUUCUUGGCAAAGCAAAGCGUCUCUAGUUGGAAGAAGUGACAGCCCCAGAAGUCACCAAUCCUGAUGUUUCACUUUGGGAAUUUUGAGUGAAAUGUUAGUUGGCCUUAUUGUCUAAUCUUACUCUUGAUUACUUCUUUUUAGGCAAACAAGAUAAUAAUUUGCCUUGGUACUGAACUUUUAUCUUGAAUGGCACAAGGAGGACGAGUAGGAGAUUGGGCUGAAUAGGAAAAUAAUUUCUAAUUUCAACCCAUUGCUCUAAUUGUUAUUGCUCUCUGGAUAAAGGACACUGCUAAAGGAAGAGUUUAAUAAGGAUAUAAAGGAGUCUAGUAAGGAUUAAAGAACUAAUUCCUAUGCUUUGGCACAUUAUACUCCCCCACCCCACUUUAUAAGCAUGUAGUAUGCUUAGUAAGAUAUCUGGAUGGGAGCGGGAGCGGGGGAGAGCCCUGAACAUACACAUUUAGUAGCUCUUUCAUGCUUUUUUCACAUUUGUAACUGGAUUCGCUUACUCCCUAUUUCGGGGAGAGGGGGAACAUUGGUUUUGGUUUUCCUCACUCUUUUGUAGAAUUCUGUUUAACAUUGUCUUAGUUGGUUUAACCUGGUUACUUUUCUCUCUCACCUUUUUGGUGGUGAUUUGGAGGAUGGGGAAGGAAGGAUAGUUCCUGGGUUUAGUUAUGAAUGUAUUUCAAUGCUAACAGUUUCUGCCAAAGAUGAUGUAUUUCGACUCAAGGCCUAUGAUAUAACAUUAGUCCAAUUGGUUAUAGCACUUGCAGUUGUUGACAUGGGUAAUCUGUCCUUUAAAGAUGGGUGAUUUAAAUAUUUUUUCAGUUAAUUGUAAUGGCUUAGGUUCUUAUCAAACAUUCUAAGGUGUUUAAAACAAAGAACAGAUAUAAUUUUUCUUCAAGAAACACAUACUAAAAAAGGAACAACAACGUUGUUUAGUUUAAUUAUCCUGAUCAGGGACAGCAGCUGGAAGCUCGAAGUCCAAAGGAACUGCCACAUUGUUUUCCCCAAAUUGCUGAUUUACACCCUUGAAAGACUAUAAAGAUUCUUUUGGUCAGUUUGUAUAUCUUGAGGGCACAUUUUUGGAUAAACCCUUGUUACUGUGUUCCAUAUAUGCCCCAAAUACUCUUGUCAUUCAAAAUCUCUUUUAAAAACUUCAAAGAAUUAAGAUUCAAGAUUGGAUAAAUGGGUGUGAUUUUAAUUUAACCAUAAACCCUGCUUUGGAUAGGUCAGCCUCCAAGUAUACUCCCAAUAUUUCCACUUCUAAGUUCCCUAUAGCAUAUCUCUUUAAGAAAGCUAAUUUGAUAGUUCCUUGGCGGUUGUUACACCCAGGGGAAAGGGAUUACACAUUCUUGUCUGCCAGACAUGAAACUUGUUCUAGGAUUGAUUAUGUUCUCAUCUCCAGUUCCUUACCGAAUGAUAUUCAAGAUGCUAUUAGUGAUAAAAUUUGGACAGAUCACAAUUGGAUAAUAUGCUCAUUAAGUUUUGAAAGUUCUAAUAACCCAAUUUCUUGGUUGAAAACUUAUUUAUUAUACAAUAAAGAUAUAUGCAAAACA